AUGUCACCCGGACACCCACACACGUUCGGCUACAUUUUUAAUCCCCAACGCACAUACGACCCAAACUCAAAAGUAGACCAAACAGAGGCAGAGGCCGGGCAACGGCGUGGGCGCGGCGCGGCCAGCGACGGCGUGGGCGUGGCGCAGCCCGGCGACGGCGUGGGCGCGGCGCGGCCGGCGAGCCCCGCGCGAGCCCCUGCUGUCCUCCUUUUGCUUGCAAAUAGUACUAGUACUAGUACUAGUCGUGCAGAGCUCCAGCCCCGGCGUGGUGACCAGCUGCUCCUAGGCCACGCACGAGCAAGAGGAACGACCCCAAGCUCGCGCUGGAGUUGGAGAGGAGCACGGCGGUCGGGCACGGCCGGGGACAGUCCGCAGCAGCGCGCGUCCUCCCCUGCCCAAGCCCGCGAAUGCCCGACGUGGCCGGCGCCGCCCCUUUCCGUCCGCCCGUGCCCGCGCGUGCCCGCUCGUGGCCGACGCGGCCGGCGUCGAGGCGCGCACGGCCAGCUCCGCCCCCGCCCGUGGCCGACGCGGCCGGCGUCGAGGCGCGCACGGCCAGCUCCGCCACAGCUCGUGCGUGCCCCGCCCGUGCCUCGCGCGGCCGGCUCCGCCACUGCCCGUGCGUGCCCCGCUCGAGGCCGCCGUCGGCAGGCAGCGGGGCGAGGCGAGAGGCGCGACCGGCGUGCAGGUGCUGGCGCGGCCGGUGCGCGCGGUGCCGUGACUCGCGCGGCCGGUGCCCGCGGCGGCUCGGAGGCGCUCGCGUGGCCAGCGGCGGCGAGGCUCGCGGCGGCCCGUGCUCGCGCGGCCGGCGCCCACGGCGGCGUGGAGGCGCUCGCGCGGCCAGCGGCGGCGAGGCUCGCGGCGGCCCGUGCUCGCGGCGGCCCUGCUCGCGGCGGCGGCGUGGAGUCGCCCGGCGACCCCCGCUCGCGGCGGCGGUGUGGAGGCGCCCGGCGGCUCGUGCUCGCGGCGGCCCCUGCUCGCGGCGGCGGCGGCGUGGAGGCGCCCGGCGGCUCGUGCUCGCAGCGGUGGGGCGUGGCUGUCCUUGCCUCGCCGGAGGCCGACGCCGGAAUGCCACUCCGAAGGAGAGAUGGGUAG